AUGUCACUACUGAGCGAUAUUACUAUCUUCUGCUACUACUGCUGCUACUGCGCCAUUGUUCUUCUCGACUGGUUACUUCGUGUUGUCCUUGGGCGUCGCUUUACGCCGCUCACAGAGGCCAGCCUGCUCCGAGAUCUGUCUCUAAACGACCGGCGUCUGCUGUUGUCGGACAGUCUUACUGGGCGCUGGUGGUACCAGGGGUUCACACAACUGUUGAAAUGUUACCGUGAAGAUGACACCUCCUCGGUGGCUGGGAGGCUGUGGAUAGAAAAGAGAUGGAAAGGGAUAAUAAAGAACAGGCUUGCUAUAUCAAGACGACUACCGACUGUGGAUUUGACCAAGUACCCUAUCAAGGAGCCUAUUUUCUUCAUUGGGCCAAUGCGGACGGGGACAACGUUUCUUCAGAAUUUGCUGUACCAGGACCCACGGAACACUUCACCACUCUUCUACGAGUUGAUGUGCCCCGUGGAGGAGAACACAGACGCUGUGAACGCUGGGAAAGAUCUGCAUGUUCUCAUGUUCAGUUCCUUACUAGAUGCCGUGUACCGAGUUAAGCGACUGCGUAAAAACAUUCAUAACAUCCAGGCCAAGAGUCCUCACGAGUGUUUCCAUUUGUUCGACAAUAUGGGAAUAUUUAAGUUUUACCAAGGGGUGAUCGGUAACACUGGUCCAUACAGAGACUGGGUGCGCGCUCGAACCAAGGAAGAGAUGGUGGAGGCCUAUCGUUUUCAUCGAUCGCAACUUCAGCUCAUUCUUUUAGCAAGAAACUCAGCAAGCAACAAGCACGUCAUUCUGAAAGAUUCCAUGCACGGGGUGUACCUGGACGCAAUCCUGGCGAUGUAUCCGGACGCAAUGUUCAUUCACACCUACCGCAAUCCAUGCAAAUCGAUCGCCUCCUUUUGCUCAUUGGUGCAGCACUUUACUCCUUGUGCCUACGAUCUCAAAGAUAUAGGAAGAGACGUCCUAGACAACCCCCUGUUUCAUGCUGGGAACGAAAUCCUAGAAUUCAGAAAGAACCACCCUGAUCAAGAAAACAGAUUCGUCGAUAUUGACUACGAACAUCUAGUUAGAUCGCCCAUGGAUUCAGUGCGACAGAUUUAUGAUAAGUUUGGGCUCCAUCUCAGCGAGCAAGCUAAAGCGCAGAUGAAGGAGUACAUAAAAGAAAAUCCCCAAAAUAAGUAUGGUCGUCACCAUUACGACUUGGAGCCCUACGGGUGUAAGGAGGAUGAAAUAUUUGAGAAAUUUCGAGAUUAUAUUGAAUAUUUUAACAUUCAGUGCUAACU